GUCCCCGCACUGCUCAUCUCUUUAAGAGGUUAUCUGUCUACAAAAUCACCACGCUCCAGUUCGUUCAAACGCUGCACAAUUUUUACUCCAAGAAAACUAUAGUUUUCUAUAGAAACACACACUGCGAUAUCAACCACAUCUCUAAAUCAUCACUACUGCAUCUGAGAUAUUUACAUAGUGUCUUCAGAUUCAGAAAGAGAAUCUAACGCAACGAAAGACAUUGCAAAACAUCGAGAAACUGUGUGUACGUGAGGAGGGUGCUGUGAUGGUUAGAGCUGAGUAGUGCUGGCGUUCAUGCUAUUUGACAUCGACUGAAACGGCAGCCCUUUCACACGAUGGAGAAUGCACGCAGGUGGUCGGUAUUGUUCGCUGUUGUUGUUAUGGCUUCGGCAGUAGUCUCGGUGGUGACGGCUGACGUGAACGAAAGCAAAGUUCGCAUCCCACGGAACGUAAUGGAACUAGGCGGAAUGGUCGGUAAGGUAACGGGCAAGAACAUCUUCGACGUGUAUUCGUCUUACAAUGGCUACGGCUGCUUCUGCGGUAUCGGCGGUGGAGGGCGCCCUGUGGACGGUGUGGACAGAUGCUGCCAGGCCCAUGACAGCUGUUUUGGCGAUGCAGAGAAGGGUGUCUGCUCCCACGCUAAAUCCAUAUACGACGUGAAGUAUGAUUAUCACAGUAAAGGCUCAACCAGCAACGGCAACCAUGUGAUGGUCAGAUGCGCCCCUGUUUCGACGUACUCCAACACCGGUGACGGUACAUGCUCGAAGACAGUCUGCGAGUGCGACAAAGCUUUAUCAUUCUGUUUCACCCAGCAAAAGUACAACAACAAGUAUCGAGGAUAUGACCGGAACAAAUGCAAGUGAACCUACUAUCAAUAAUGGUAUCGUCAAUUAUGUUAAUUUACAACAGUAAUUGAACACAAAAUGCAUGAAGAAUAAUACAUUAUAAUGUUACUCUUGUAUUUACCUUUGUGUCAAAAUACCACUCUCUUAAAUUGGGGAACUGUGUCACACUAUUGAAACAGAUAUAAUGUAUGAACCUUGAUAUGUUUUAAUUUUACUAAGAAAUUACGACCAAGAAGUUUGAAAUACCUUUUUUAUGUGAUAUUUUUGUUUAUUGAAGAGAUAGAUUAACUUAAAAUACAGUUCAAACUAUGAGUUUUUUUAAGCGCCGGUUUUUAGGGUCAGUUUUAUGGGAUACUUUGGAACGCUAGAUGGCAGCAUACUAACCCUUAUCAGGUAAAUGCUGAGCUCGUGCACAUUUGGGAAAAAAACAUGGAUUUGUCUGGUAAGUCUGCUCCCACCUGCUUUUGUUGUUUGACAAUCACAACGAACAUAUCAAAGUUACCUAAAAUGCGAUCCGUGUUUGAAAAAGAAAUUGCAUCUCUCAAACUUUGCCAGAUUUGGCUUAGUUGUAUAGGUUAGCUUUUUAAACACGUGAACUUUUUAUUUAAUCUUAUUUUUAAAACUGUUUUGAAACGUUCGUCUUUCUUGAGGGUUGAACACUGGUCACAUUGAAUUGAACGCCAUUUCGAUUUUGGUCUAAUGCGAGAUUUUUAGAUGUAAAUUAUAUAUAAUUUUAAAUGUUAAAUCUUACCGUCCUACUCUACUACACUGUUUGGUUCACUAAGUGUGGCGAUAGCUACCAGGAAGGUAUUUGUAUACCAGAGAUGUUUUAAAAGUAGAUUUUUGGAAACUAACCAGAUUUGGUUUUCCAGAUUUGACAUGUAACUUAUACUAAUCUAUGUUAUCAUGAAGCAAUAAUCCAUAUUUAAUAGACACAUAAAUGUUUGAGAAUAUAUUAAUGUUUUUCACAGAACCGUCCCUGAACAAUCUAUAACAACUCCUGGUCCUGAUCCAUUUAGGGGUUUGUACGACUCGAAAUAUGUGUCUAUAUUACCCAGAAAUGAGUCAAACUUACCCAGACCGGGGAUCUAGCUGACCCAACUUUGACACGGAAGCUCUUAAAAUUAACCUUGAACUUUGAACCUUGAAAAUGUUAACCUUUUGAUAUUCACCAGGGAAAUGUACGCGCAGACAUGUACAUGAAUAUGUACAAUGUAAAUGUACAUGUAUACCAAAGUAACGGCAGUCAGAAAUGUUUCCAUACUCAAAACAUUCGCGUGCAAUCAAUGCAUUGUAGAAAGGAUAACCGAACCACCACGACUUCCUCACACAUGGUUUGCCUUGAAACAGCGCCAUCUACUGUUUCAUGCACGAUGACCCACCAUGGGUAUCCUUGCGCCUUGAAUAAAGACUAUGUUGACAAUGUAGACCUUUCCAUUUGGCAUGGACGGUUAUCCUGAAAACAGAUGUUGUCACAAAAUUUAACAUUUCCUGAAACUUAAAAAAAAACGCGCCCGUGCAGCAUCGCUUGAUGCACCACGGCGAUGGCUGGCACGUUUUACAUGCCACACCAGCACCCAGGUUGUAGUACAGCCAAGUCCAACAUCACAUCCGCAAUAUACCUUAAUAAAAAUGUUGACAGUUCCUUCAUGAUGUACCAAAUCAAAUUCUAAGUGUCAUAUCCUGCCACUUAAAUUACGAACUACCCAUCGUUAUGUUUACUUCAUAAUUUCUAUUUUCCAUGAUAUCCUGUAUAUAUUUUAUUAUAAUAAUAUUGUGCGAAAAGUAUUGUAACCUUUUAACAAUUAUAUAUACACAUUCUCUUAUUAAUUAUAAGCCUAUAUUGCUCGUCAAUGUGUGUUUAAAUCUUGAUUGAAGUUGGCCUGCUUGGCUGGUAUAGAGCUUCGAAUUAAGAAAGUUGCGACUAUAUUGAGAUCAAAAACCAUUAUUUCUGUUCAAAAUCGAGAGAGUUCUUACAAAGUGUGACCAGGGCCCAGUUUCAUAAAUCAUAUAAGCACAAUUAUCAUGUAAGCACAAUUAUCUAGCACAGAAAAGUAUUGCUCAACAUAAACAGGUUAUCGGCUAAAAUUACUGAAGUGUACACUGGUACCCCCACGCAAUCUACUAAUAGAAAAGAAAUUUGUCAAACGGUAUUUUCUGCUUAACAACUUUAUGAAAUUGGGUCCAGAUUUAUUUGGUCACGUGGUUGUUGGACCUCAUUUUAGGUCCAAACGAAGCACAGCCGUGCAGUGUAUGGUCUGGCACUCUGUGUGCUCACCAUACUGGUUGUUUGAUUGAUGAUGCAAACACGGCUCUGUUCUCAUUCUUGCAGAGUAAAUCAUUUGCGUGUUCAAUUGACAUAAUUCAUUUUACAUUUACAAUAACAAGGUUUUCAGUUCGACCUAAGUUGUUCAGAAGUGCAGACAAAAUCAUAAAUGAAAAUUUAGACUCAUCUUCAUGUUUCUGUGACUUCAGCAUGCGUACUUAGAUUAUUCCGAAAGCAUGAUUAAUGUGAACUAACUUGUAUCAGAACAAAAUGCUUGCAAUAAAAUGUUACACCAAAUGCACAAUGUA